AUGUACAACCGCGACCCCUACACCUUCGCCAAUGCCUCUUCUAUCCCCGAUCCCGUCCUUAAUGUCAUCCUCACAAUCCUCAAAUCCUGGGACCAGCCCUCGACCGAUUACAAAUAUGCCACCGCCUUCCACUCAGAUGGUACCCUGCACGUCGCCCCUGAGCCUUCCACGGGCGAAGCAGCCUUGAGAAAACUGCACGACGACAUGAUCAACCGCACCAAUGGGCCCAUUGUGGAUCUGCAACAUUACCUCGACCGUGUCUUCAUGAUGCCCUCUCCACCGGAAGGGAAGACGGAGACGGUGUUCACAGGGAAAUUAACGAGCAUCUUGAAGACUGGGGAGGAGGUGACAACGGACUUUGCCACGUGGAUCACAGCGAGUGAGGACAACGCUGGGGAGCUGAAGGUGGAAUUGCUGAGAGUAUUUUCGGAUACGAGCGUGUUGAUGAAGAAGAUCGGCGAAAUGAAGGGAGCAAAAACUUAG